AUGUCCAUCCAUUCUACCUCUGAAGUCGUCGCAAAUGCUGACACGCUGGAAGAUAUCGAGUUAUCCGGGCGCAUUACUGUUCCGACCGAACCAAACAAUGUCCAGCACGAGGUAAAGACGAAUGGCGUUGCACAUGUCAAUGACAUCGACUCCAACGGGGCCAGGCCUCGGGAAGAACUGGAUGUGCUGGUCAUAGGUGCCGGCUUCAGUGGCUGCUAUGCCUUGCACAAGCUUCGAAAACUGGGAUUGAAGGUGAAAAUAUGCGAAGCUGGCUCUGGCUAUGGCGGUUGUUGGUACUGGAACCGCUAUCCCGGCGUGGCGGUUGACUCUGAGAUUCCGUUGUAUCAAUUCUCACAGUACGAAACAUACCAGGAUUGGUACUGGAAGGAGCGGUUUCCCGGGGGCGCAGAGAUCCGAGACUACUUCAACCACCUGGCAGAUGUGUGGGAUCUCCGAAAGGACACAGUGUUCGACACCCUCGUGACCAAGGUGUGGCACGAGGGUGGGAGAUGGACCUCGACCACGAACUCCAACAUCACUUUUACCUCCAAGUUUGUCGUUGCCGCAUCCGGCUCCUCGCACAAGAGAUACUUGCCCUCCUGGCCAGGAAUCCAGCAAUACGGCGGUAAAAUCUACCAUUCAGCCAGUUACCCGCACGAAGGCCUGGAUGUGACGAACAAGGCCAUCGCCGUCAUAGGAAACGGUGCCAGUGGAGUUCAGAUUCUUCAGACACUGGCCAAGGAGGACUGCCAACUUACGGCCUUCAUCCGUCAACCGGCCAUCAACCUGCCGAUGGGACAGAGCCGCCCGUCAGUCGCGGAUCAGAAGGCUGGGCGGGGGUUUGUCCAGGCUCUCCUCGACCACUGCAAACUGACGGGCACAGGGUUCCCCUAUGCCUCACUCCCUGGCUCCUACCACGAUGCGACAGAACAAGAACGGACGAAGGCGUGGGACGAGCUUCUCGAUCGGGGAGGGUUUCAGUAUUUGAUGUGUAACUAUCGCGAAUGGGUACUGGACACCAAGGUCAACAAGGUCGUGUAUGACUACUGGCGGAGAAAGACGGAGGGCCGAGUCAAAGAUGUUGCAAAACGCAACAUUGUAUGCCCAGUCGUGCAGCCCUAUUACAUGGGCACCAAGCGUAGCAACCUCGAGCGCGACUAUUACGAAUCGAUCGAUCGGCCAAAUGUUGAGCUGGUCAACCUCAAGGAGACGCCCAUCAAGGAGUUUACCACCACGGGUAUCACCACUGUGGACGGCAAAACUCGCAAUUUCGACGUCGUCCUUCUUGCCACAGGCUACGAUAACGUCACGGGGAGCUUGAUGGAUCUCAACAUCAGCGACAAGCACGGAGUGACGCUCAAGGAGAAAUGGAAGGAUGGCGUAUACACUAGUCUGGGGAUUUGUGUGCCUGACAUGCCCAACUUCUUCAUGAUGUACAGCUUCACCGAAUCUUGGUAUACCGGCGCAAACAUCCCCGGAAAACUCGUUGAGCAGCUCGUGUAUCUGGGCGGAGUGAACAAGUACAAGGAGAUCCUUGACGACGCCCUUGACGGCUGGAAAGGGUUCGACACAUCCCAAGUGUGA